AUGCUUAAAGAGCUCGGACCUGACCAUGUUGAUGUCGCAGCGUCUUACAAUGCUCUGGGUCUUGUACACCGUCAGCUGGGAGACCUUUAUCAGGCAAAAGAUUACCACGAUCGUGCACUGACUAUUGUGCUGAAAGAGCUCGGACCUGACCAUGUUAAUGUUGCAGCGUCUUACCAGGCUUUGGGUCUUGUACACAGUGAGCUGGGAGACCUUAAACAGACAAAAGAUUAUUUCGAUCGUGCACUGGCUAUUAAGCUGAAAAAGUUCGGACCUGACCAUGGUAAUGUUGCAGCGUCUUACAAUGAUCUGGGUCUUGUACACCGUCAGCUGGGAGACCUUAAUCAGGCAAAAGAUUACCACGAUCGUGCACUGGCUAUUAUGCUGAAAGAGCUCGGACCUGACCAUGUUAAUGUUGCAGCGUCUUACCAGGCUUUGGGUCUUGUACACAGUGAGCUGGGAGACCUUAAACAGGCAAAAGAUUAUUUCGAUCGUGCACUGGCUAUUAAGCUGAAAAAGUUCGGACCUGACCAUGGUAAUGUUGCAGCGUCUUACAAUGAUCUGGGUCUUGUACACCGUCAGCUGGGAGACCUUAAUCAGGCAAAAGAUUACCACGAUCGUGCACUGGCUAUUAUGCUGAAAGAGCUCGGACCUGACCAUGUUAAUGUUGCAGCGUCUUACCAGGCUUUGGGUCUUGUACACAGUGAGCUGGGAGACCUUAUGCAGGCAAAAGAUUAUUUCGAUCGUGCACUGGCUAUUAAGCUGAAAAAGUUCGGACCUGACCAUGGUAAUGUUGCAGCGUCUUACAAUGAUCUGGGUCUUGUACACCGUCAGCUGGGAGACCUUAAUCAGGCAAAAGAUUACCACGAUCGUUCACUGGCUAUUAUGCUGAAAGAGCUCGGACCUGACCAUGUUAAUGUUGCAGCGUCUUACCAGGCUUUGGGUCUUGUACACCGUGAGCUGGGAGACCUUAAUCAGGCAAAAGAUUAUUACGAUCGUGCAUUGGUUAUUAAGAUGAAAAAGUUCGGACCUGACCAUGGUAAUGUUGCAGCGUCUUACAAUGAUCUGGGUUUUGUACUCCGUCAGCUGGGAGACCUUAAACUUGCAAAAUAUUGCCACGAUCGUGCACUGGCUAUUGUGCUGAAAAAGUUCGGACCUGACCAUUGUCAUGUUGCAACGUUUUACAAUGAUCACGAAAAUGAAAAAUAG